ACAAGGAGAUAACAUGUCAGUGUUGUGGUUAUAGCUUGUUGUGCUGCCCACAUAGGGCCAAAAUCAAUGAUUGCAGGUUUAAAUAAACCAAACUUGCAGACUAAUUUCAUAAAUGAAUAAACAGGAACUAGCUGGCUACAUUCAAUAGCAGUUGCCAACCAUGUUAGCAUCUGUUUGGAUGGAGGAAGAGGGGGCGGGGAUUAGUGUUAAUAACUGAACAGUGAGAAUAUCAAAUCAAAAUGUUUAAAUAGACUUUUCAGAUUAAACUUGAUAUUAAGAAAUAAAAAUGAAGAAAUAUAGAGAAACAGACCAAAAAUGAUGAAAUAACGUUUCACAAUAAUAAUUCUGUUUAAAUAAUAUUGAAGUAUUACCAAAUCUAUUGGUAUAUUUAUACAUUUCUCUGUAUAUUCGCAUAUUUAUUUUAGACUGUCUUAAUACAUUUUGUCCCACAUGUAUUUCCAUACAGUCUGUCCCUGCAGAGUAUUGUGAGUAUACCAGCCAGCUGAAAGCUAAAGUGAGCUGAAUUUUUAAGUAGAGAACUCGUCUUCCGUUUUCCCCCACAGGACGUGAAUGCAGCACAAAACAGCCCGAGUGCGAGAGAGAGAGAGAGAGAGAGAGAGAGAGAGGCAGGCAACAGCGCAGAUGAGCCCCAAUGAACAGCAGCCGGGUCCUCUUUAAAACACACACACAUACACUGACACACAAUACGCUCUACAUCCCAUACACACAAAUGCCAAGACAGUUAUACACAUGCAACCCAAUAACGAGAACACCAUCAGUCCGAGCUGCCUGCCGCUGCCUGCGGCAGCCCUCACCGCUUCUCCGAGACACAAAGCUGGGAGCCCGCUGGGAGAGGAGCGGAGAGCCAGGGACUUCAUUUAGGAGGCGGUAGAUAAUUCAGCAGCAGUGCUGGGAAGAGCAGAGACACGGGAGGGAAGGUGAGUGAAUUCAGUUCAGUCCAACUGCUGUUGCUGCCGCUGGAGGAGGAGGAGGAGGAAGCUCGGUGUCUGGAGAGGCUGGGGGAGCAGCAUUUUCCUGCACAGACCCAGCCAGAGCAGACGGCCAGCUGUGAUCCCAGCACCUCCAGGCUUGCAGAUGUGGAAGGAGCGCUGUGCAAGUUCUAGUCCUGGGUAAUCCGCGAAUGGAGGUUGAACUGAAGGAAGAAGAUAGCCGACUUACUUUUCGCUAGAAGCCCUGAAACUGCGUGAUUGGACAAUCACAGAUAUGCACCUAACUCCUAGCUGUUAGUCAGUGUUUUCGCCGCACCUAACCUUAUGGAUAGGCUAACGCAGGUGUCUGGCCAGCUCUGAAGCUAGGCGGAUGAGCCAGGCAGCGGGGCUGACCCCUACCCUACCAGGAUGGGAUAAGGAUGCCCUGUCUACGAGGGCUUCCUGUAGCCAGUUCUACAAGGACAGACCUGGACAGGGAGAAGUAGAGGCUUCCACCCAUGCUUUUUUCACCUGUUCACAGCAGCACAUCAGCUGCUGAGAAAGCUGCUCUACAGACCCUUGGGUGGUGGCCAAGCUUUCCCAAGGGUACAGUCUUCAGUUCCGACGCCAGCCCCCAAUUUUCAGUGGGAUCAGACUGACCGUGGUCAGCAAUACCCAGCAAUCCCACAAAGUCUCAAGCACUGAGACAGGAAUUAUCCACCCUCCUGGAAAAGAAUGCCAUAGAAGGAGUAGAGCUUCAGACACAGCAAGGUGUCUGGCCCAGUGAUUUGACCCCAGACAGGAGCAGGAGGAAGCAGUAGAAAAGAAGGCCAUGGGGGUGAGCCUGGUCCAGGAUGUCAGCUGGCUCCUGCCUUUCCUGUUUUUGCUACUGAUGAUCACAGUGUCACACUGCCAAGGUCAAGGAUGUCCCCAGCGUUGUGAGUGCAUUGCAAAACUCAAGACUGUUUCUUGUUAUGGUAAACGCCUGUCCGCACUGCCAGAUGGCAUCCCACUGGACACCAAGAUCCUGGACCUAAGUGGAAAUAAACUUCGCUGGGUAGAGCACGGUGACCUGCUUCCAUAUCAACGUCUUGAAAAGCUGGACCUGAGUGAGAACAUGAUCAGUGUCUUGGAACCGAAUGCCUUUUCUAGUCUCCAGAACCUGCAGUCGCUUUCACUGAGGGGUAACCAAUUAAAACUGGUCCCCAUGGGGGCUUUCUCACAUCUCUCCAACCUAACUUCAUUGGACCUCAGUGGGAAUAAGAUUGUAAUUCUUUUGGACUUUACUUUCCAAGACCUGAAAAGUCUAAAAAACCUGGAAGUUGGAGACAAUGAUUUGGUUUAUAUUUCCAACAAGGCCUUUCUGGGUCUAGUGGGGCUGAGGGAGCUGACCAUUGAGCGGUGCAACCUGACUUCUGUGUCCAGCCAGUCUUUGUCUUACCUGCAUAAUCUGGUGACUCUGCGGCUCCGCUACCUCAGUAUCUCCAGUUUAGAGGACCAGAACUUCCGUAAGCUGGGAAACCUGAAGGGCCUUGAGAUCGAUCACUGGCCCUUUUUGGAGUACAUUUCCCCUCACAGCCUGCAGGGUCUUAACUUAUCUUGGCUGUCUAUUACGCACACCAACAUCACCUCUGUGCCCACCUCUGCCCUACGCACUCUGGCUCACCUCACCAGCCUCAACCUCUCCUACAACCCUAUCUCUGUGUUGGAGUCCUGGGCUCUGCGGGACCUUGUUAGGCUGAAGGAGCUGCAUCUGGUCAACACAAACCUGGUAGUAGUGCAGCCAUAUGCGCUGGGUGGUCUAAGGCAAAUCCGCCUUCUUAAUCUCUCUGCUAACAACCUGGUGACCCUGGAAGAGGGAGCCUUUCAGUCUGUCAACACUCUGGAGACGAUGCGUUUGGAUGCGAACCCUCUGGCCUGUGACUGCCGCUUGCUAUGGAUCCUUCAGCGCAGGAAGACCCUCAAUUUUGACGGCGCUUCCCCAGUGUGUAUGACGCCGGUUGAGGUGCAGGGACGGGCUCUCAAUGCUUUCUCUGACUCAGCUCUCUUUGAUCACUUUACUUGCCAGAAGCCCAAAAUCCGCAACAGGAAACUGCAGCAGAUAUCUGCCCGUGAGGGGCAGGUUGUGUCAUUCAUUUGUAGAGCAGAAGGUGAGCCAACACCAGUGGUAUUCUGGAUCUCUCCUCAACGCCGCCGCAUCACCACAAAGAGCAGCGGCCGCCUAACUGUGUUACCAGAAGGCACAUUAGAAAUACGGUACGCCCAGGUAACAGAUAGUGGAACCUACAUCUGCAUAGCCAGCAAUGCUGGUGGAAAUGACACCUAUUUUGCCACACUUACAGUUAGUGGGCUGCCACUAGAUGUAGCCCUUAUGGCCAAUCGCACUUACUAUGCUGGGGACCUUAAUGACACAAAUCUGAAUGACACCAGAGUCUUCUUGAAGUUUACUCUGGAUCUCAAGACAAUCCUCAUAUCCACAGCUAUGGGCUGUAUCAUGUUCCUGGGUGUAGUUCUCUUCUGUUUCAUUCUGCUGUUUGUGUGGAGUCGAGGGAGAGGGCAGCACAAGAACAAUUUCUCAGUGGAAUAUUCCUUCAGAAAGGUGGAUGGACCCGCUGCCAGUGGAGGACAGGGUGGGGGGCGCAAGUUCAACAUGAAAAUGAUCUGAUUAUUCGGAUCUGUUUCUCUCAUUAGUAUUCUUCCCCAGAUACUGUUUACAAGCAGUCUCUACAUAAAGGACAUAAAGGGACAAGACACUGGAAUGGACCUUUGUGGUUGCAAAACAUUAAAUACAAUUAUUUAUAGGACAUUUUAUUGAGACAAGGUUUUGUUAUUGAAACUACUGUAUAUAUGAGAGAAAGGAAAUCUGUAUGGAUUUGGUAUAUUUCUAUUGCUUUGUUGUGUGUUCACAUUAUUGUGCAGAAAAGGAAAACUGGACUAUAGUUAAAGAUGUCUCAAAAUGUUGAAUAGGCUGUUAGAAGACAAAGCAACAAAAGCACUCAGAGUACCACCAGUCUUUAACCUCAACAAAGCUCUUGCCAACUCCAUCCUUCUUCCCUACAAGGAACUCUGUCCUCUUCAUCUUUAAAGGACUUCACCUGAGGUGAUUCAAGCUCUCUAUCUCCAAACUCAUGAAUACAUUAUAACAGGGUGGUGCUCAAUGAAUGCCAAGUACUUGCCAAUAUGUAUUUGAAUAGUUCCAGCUAUAUACUGCAUAUUUAGACUCAUUUACAGUCAGGACUUUAGAGCACUUUUGUGACAUAAAUAUAGAUGCUCUGCUUUUUUGCUGAUGGUAGGUUUGUACAGAAUACAUUCGACACCAAGAGACUACUCUCUGCAGCACUGCCAAUUUGACCGUAAAGUACCAUGUAAUGUCAAAGUCAAUGCAACGCCGUGGUAGAGAGAAGUUGCUUCUCAUUGGAUACCACUAAAAGUUGGUCAAAGCCAUUUUUAAACUAAAAUGGGACUCUACAGGUUAAGCUACAGUUAAAGGACCCAAUGCACAUUUGUGUGGUGACAAAUCAGUACAUGCAGAUGCACACUUCCUAGUUAGGUUUUCCAUUGUUGUCUAUUCAGUACACACUAUACAAGAUGCUUACCCUCUUGAUCUGAAAAAAAAAAAGUAAAAGAUGAUUGCAUGUACAGAGUUGGCUUCUUACUUUGAAUUUGUAUUAUUUGUAAACUGAACAUCUGUUGGGGUACAUUGAUCCCAAAGUUGAAUAGAUCAUACUGUAUAGGUAGGAUAUAUACUGUAUAAGAUGUAUUAUACAUUUUGUAAUAAUUGAAAUCCUUGUGGUUAAUAGUACUGUUGAGUGAUCAAUCCAAUUUUUCUGUUCUGCUGUAAUUCUAUUGUUAAAGUUUUGUUUUCAAAUCAAUGAUAUCCAGUCCAGAGCUUUUACAGUCUCACCUUAUCAUGUCAUCAGAUAGAUAUUGCACUGAGACUUGCCUGCUCGCUCCCUGAGCUCACACAAAUCAUGAAGGGCGUUUACAUCGAGUUUCAGUUUACUCGCCUAUUUUUGGCUUUAAGUGACAGUGGGGAGGCUUGGCUGACCAGCGGGGGAAGGAGUUAAGUGGGUUUUCAUCAGGACCUCAAUGUGUUUGAGACACGCAGGGAAAAAUGCUAAUGUGAUAAAGACCUUGCAAACUGGAACAAAGGUCAUAAUGAAACUGAGCCAGAGAGGAGAAGGAGUUGAGGUAUUCUAGGAAGACACUGACACUAUAAUCCAAAGGGCUGGAUGCCAUCUUGAAGUAACAUAACAUGACAUGAAGUAAAAGUUUAAGUAAAAGUGGAUUUAUGAAUGUGAUUUCAAUAUGAUUCAUUCAGCAUUAAGAUGUAAUCAUCCAAUCUGGGAUCAAGAAAUGAUCAGGUGUUUUACCAUAAUAAAGGCUGUUUCUGUACUCCCACAUACAAAAAGCAAAACCAUGUUUUUGGUUCCUUAAUAUGAAUUGGCAGUCACAGCACUUGAAAUGAACACAAAUGCAAAUAUGUCAGUUUUGGGCCUUCUACAGCAUCUGUGGUAGUUUCAGUAUUAUAUAAAAAACAGAAACUUUGGGCAUUAAAUCCAGUUUCUCUCAUAACUUCAGACAUAAUUUGGAGAGAGUUAGAAAUCAGGUGAACUGCUUACACUAUUCUAACUUCAAGGUUUAUCUCUUGAUCUGUGGGUUUAGCCUUAACCAAUACCACCAGUUCAGAUAUCAGUGCUUCCCUUCUACCAUAGCAGCAACUACUGCAGUUCUAACAAUGUUACUCUUCUGCCCUCUGUUGGCUGUAGAUGGUACUGAAUACAACACUAUUACUUGAGUAAGAUAGGAUUUGACCUCCUCAAUCUUCAGACUUUAUAGUAAGCAGUUUAUUCCACUGUAAAGUUGAUGGAGGGCUGACCUGGAUCCAGUAGCAUUGGAAGUGAAAAUCACUUUUGUGUUUAAAUGACACUAACUUAACUUUACUCACACAGUGAACCCCUCCCCUCUACUGCAGGUUAAAACAAACAGGAAGAAUUGCAGACAGAAAAAAGAGGAGCACCAUAUUAAAUCAUUUAGUGUUUCUGUUCAUCCAUAUAUACAAACAUAGCACAUUUUAUAGACUAAACUUAUCAUUUACAAUAUAGAAAUAUUAAUAAUGAACUGUGAAUAUGUUACUGGACUGAUUUGGCUUCCUCUCUGCAUUUUAGAAAUGUAAACAAUUGAUGUUAUUUUUCAUUGUCCUUUACUGAAUUCAUCCUGUAAAUAUGGAAACCACUGUGUCUGGAAAUUGCGCUAGACUGUUUUGUAUUGUAUUGUUUUAUAAAAAUGAAGCACACUGUUUAUAAAGCAUGCUAUAUUAUCUGCUAUGAUGAUGUCUUGUCCCCUGUCCCAUUUUUUUAUAGCAGUCAUUUGGUCACUCAACCCUUAUGGUGGCAGUCUGAGAAGUUGAUUGAGAGUCUACAAUAAACCUGUGACCCCGUCACUGUGAAA